AUGCCCCCCGAAAUGUCGAAAAAGGAAGUGACCGUCAAGACAUACUUGGAAGACUCAAUCGACCACAACCAUGCCCAGGCCCAAGGUUGCUGCUGUGGCAAACAUCUCCCUGAACCCAAGGCCCAACACCAAGAAUCUCAUUUGAAACCCCAAGAGCGCUUUCCUCUCUUACCACAAUACCCAAAGAAUUGUCACCAGCGGGGACGGCAACAGUUUUACAGAACCCCUGCACUGCAGCAGGCGACGGAUUUACCGCAGUACCCACAGCCUGUGAAGCUGAUACGGAAACAGGAGCUGGAUCAGGACCAGAAGCAAAAACGACAAGGUCAAGGACCGGAGAAAGACAGGAUCACGAAGCCGAAGUUUCAGGAGAAGCCUCAACAAAAGAUGCAGUUGCCCCGGAAUCCGACUCAGGAGCAGCUCCGUCGGUAUAGGCUUCAGCGGUUCUAUGCUGAAUGCAAAACUCUGCAUGAGACACAAGAGCAAAUUCCAAGUUGGCCUCAGUAUCCAUUUACUUCUCACCAGAUUGAGCGGGUCGAGGAACAAGGUAAAUCUCCGGUGGAACGGCAUUAUACGGCACCCGAGAAGGCAGCUAUGGAUCUGCCUCGGUUCCCAGUAGCUGCAUACAGUGGACGACGACCUUUCAUUGGAAGUAUUCAGCUGCCAACAUCUCGGAUUCAGCCUCCACAGGAGAAGCCGCAACAACGGUCUCGCAGCUCUGAUAAAGGUUCGUUGACUCCUGAGAGUUCAAGACCAUCUUCUGCAAUUGAUGCGGUGUCAAGUGCCGAGUGCGAUAGUUUAUUUGGUAUAUCUAAGUAACGGGAUGGGGAAAUACAGGAAUUUGCAUGCUAUUGCGGUUUGCUAGUUGGUCUUAUGGCCUAUUAAUACG